AUGUGGUUAGAACUCAUUAUGCAGCAAAGCCAGCAUCACGCAGUCAUUCGAAACACGGUGGUGAUUUUGAGCUCUUUGUACAAAAACUUCUUACUGGCGGAUUCAACCUCAAUGGGAACAUUCAAUAAUCUUGAAUUGAUCAACAAGGCGCACAAACAUCUGCGCACGCAUCUUUUAUCCCGCAAUGCCUCGGUCGAAGUUGCUUUGAUCUGCAGCUUCCUAUUCUACACUCUUGAAUGUCUCGUUGGCAACACUCAACAUGCAAUAUGGCACCUUGAUAGGGGACUCACUCUCCUACAGCGGUAUCAAGACGAGUCUUCAAGCCUCGUUACUAUCCCGAAUUUCGAUCGAUUAGUCGCUGUAUAUUCUCGUCUGGAUGUUCACGCUAGUGUAUUCGACAACGAGCGAUGCCCAAUUAUGAGGUUUGAUUUGGCAGUAGAGCCUGCAAACUCUUUCAAUUCCUCUUCCGGCCCUGGGUGUCCAAAUGAUCUGUUCGACCUCGAAAGGUCGUUGACAAUUCUCCAAAAUUCGGUCAUGCAUAAUUUGAUAUCACUUGCACACCACAAGGAGGAACCAGAAGUCGAGAUACCUUUAGGAAUCAUCAAAGAGGCCUACAGUCUGGAGCAAAAGUUUCAACAACUGGAGAUCGACCUCGGGGAAUUCCCUCUUCAGACAGUCCAAAAAUCGAAGCGCUGCCAAGGACAACAGCGGAAAGCACUUGUACAGAUUGAAGCAUCGGUAUUCCAUGCAGUACUGUUAGAGGCUUUGAACACCUCUCUUGGAGUAGCAAAUAUCUCAACAGAAGCCGAUCGGAGAUUUGAUCUUGCUCUUUCACAGAUACGCAGUUUGGUAUCUACUGACACUGAGCUUGAAAGAAAUGGCCAAGCUCGACAAUUUACACUCUCUACAAACCUCAUCGCGGUUUUAUACUAUAUUUGCAUGAAGGCCAGCAACCGUGAUAUUGUAGAGUCUGCUCUCUCGAUCUUGCUUACGCACUUCUCUUUCACGCGCGACGGUCUGUGGGAUACCAGAAUGGCAGCUGGUGUCAUUAAAUCUCUUUUACUAAAGCCCGAAUACCGUGAGGUCCAGUCGCAGGAGAUAAAGUUGGAAGACGUGGGAUCCGGCAUAGUCGACACAAGUGGGGGAUUGGAAGAGGCUUUCAGACAGCUCAAGCUGGUGGAAGAUCCGAUAGCCAAUUGA